AUGCUUUCGUUCAUCAAGGUCGUUGAUAACCAGCCGUUUGACGAAGUCUACGAGGUAGACGAUCCGGAGGAAAUUGCCAGCAACCUUGCACACUCCCCAUCUCCUUCCCGCGCCCUUGUACCUGACCGCCCCGUAUUUGAACCGGGCAACACCCCUCCACGUUCCCCAUCCACAGCAGGCCGGAGUGAAUACGACGGAGACGUUGCAGCCACCGACAUGGAAGACGCGCUGGGCUUGGGCAGAACCUCGCAGCCAGAUGUGGCCAUUGAGGACGACUCGGAUUCACAGUCGGAGCAAAGUCAAAGCAGUUCAGAGCUCGAUGGAUCCACAUUGGCCCCAAAGCUUGAGGGGGCGUAUGACCCCACCGAGUACUCGUCCCUGAACGUCGGCGAUGAGAUCCAAGACCUCUUUGAACACAUCACCAGCUUUGAGCCCGAGGUGCUUGAGUUGGAGACGAAGCUGAAGCCGUUCAUUCCAGAGUACAUCCCCGCUGUCGGCGAUAUUGACGCUUUCCUCAAGAUACCGCGGCCCGAUGGCGUCGACCAAGGCCUUGGUCUCGUUGUUCUCGACGAGCCGUGCGCCGCACAGUCAGACGCGACGGUGUUGGAUCUGCACCUGCGAACGAUUGCGAAGACAACAAGCAGCAAGCCGACGAAGUUGAACCAAAUCAAGGACGCAGAACAGGACACAAAGGCAAUUGACACGUGGGUGACGAGCAUUGCAGAGGUGCACAGGGACAAGCAACCGCAGACGGUGCACUACACGGGUGCGAUGCCUGAUCUCGAGUCGCUGAUGCAGGAGUGGCCACCACAGAUGGAGGCAUUGUUGGACAAGGUGCAGCUGCCGUCCGGCGACCUCAACGUCUCUCUCCAGGAGAUGACAGACAUUGCAUGCGCGCUGCUUGACAUUCCCGUGCACAAGAGCCGAAUCGAAAGCCUUCACCUACUGUUCAGCCUGUUUGCGGAGUUCAAGAACUCACAGCACUUCAAGGCAGAAGAGGAAGAGGACGACGAUGCGGACGAAGCAGCCGGCGAAGACAUUGCAACGUUCGACUAA